CUGACUGAGUGUGCCAGUACACAGAUGCCAUUGUUUAGUUGAGGUUUCUUAGCAACCAAAGCAACACAAACAUUGACUACCAGAAGUUUGGAGCUGCACCCUAUUUUCAGAGACAAAACUACCAUUCAUCACUCAGAUACGUUUACAGCACCAGACUCCCAGGGAACGACAGGAGAAAGGAGCCACAAUCAAAUAAAUCAAGACCCAUUCAACACUGAAUUUACCAAGACACUGACAAAAAGCAGCCCACGCUUUGGGGCCUUGAGUCACCACUCAUUCUUCUCCCGGCACAACCCUCAUCCACACCGGGUGACACAUAUUCAAGCACUGUUUUCAGAAGCCUGGAGGGAUGAACUUAAAGAACUUGUUGCAAAAGUCAAUCUGUCUUUUCGAGCACAAUUGGGGAAAAAAUGAGGACCAACCUGAGGAUGAAUUUGUGCACCAAAAGACUCAGUAUUCAGCUGAUACUGGGAGAAUCAUCCCUCCAUCCAGCAAGUCUUACCUGCACAGAUCUCAUUCCCAGCACCUAAAGUGUCCUCAACCCUUCCAGGAUCAAGAACUCACGGUUUUGGAGCUGCUCUGUCAGAUCCUGCAGACAGACUCGCUGUCCACAGUGCAGCAGUGGCUUCUGCUUGCAGGCCAAAGAGAGAAGGACCUUGUGAUGGGGAUGCUCAGACGAGCUCUGGACGCCGUCGACCUCUCAGGCCGUCGUAACCAGCGAACCUUCCAGCAGCUCCAGGCUUUUCAUCCAGGUGCAUCUCCACCAGCGUACAGUCCAUCAUUUGACCAGCCGUGGAGAAAACCCUGGAGAACGAGCUCAUACAAAGCGAAUCUGAUUUCCGGCGAUGACAAACCAGAGAGGAUUGGAGAUGCAGAGGUCCUUGAAAUCCAUGCAGGACCUCAGGAUCAUCCUCAGGAUCCUGCACUUCAGAGUGCAUAAAGUCGUUUUGACUGUGCUGAUAACUGCAACUAUCCGUCACUACCUGGACCCCCUGUGGCAUCAGCUAGGAGCAAAGACCAAGGCUCUGGUUCAGGACCUGAAGGUGCUGAGGGUCCUCCUGCUCUACCUCACCCAGUACGACUGUGUCACCCUUCUUCAAUUUGCCAAACAUUUACUGGACUGAUUUAAAUAUUAAAAUCACUCCUUUCUAAUCCUUUGCUGUACGUUCAAACCUGAGGCCUUAAAUAGAAACACACAAGUAUCUGAUUGAAGGAACUUCUGCAGUGUCCUGGUUCCAGAACAUGAUGAUAGAAUUAUAGACAAACUUUAACAAAAGCUGCCUGAGAGUUUACAGGUUUUUAUGUUAGAUUUCUUCAGUAAUAUAAUGAGAGUUAUCAGCAAAAAUCAAGUGUUCAUUUGAUGAACUUCAUUUCCUAAAACAUACACAAUUGGAGCUCAUAUCUUUGGCAGCUGUAAAGUUUCUGCUCCUUCAAAGUUCAUAACACAAUGAAUGAAUUCCUAAAACACUCUCAAUGCUGGAGAGCGUUUGUGAUGCUGAAGCAGUGACCAGUUUUUCUUCUUCUCUGGAGAUGCACAAUGAGGGACGUCUGCAGAGACUGAGAAAGAGUCUCACCACAUCCUGACAUGAGGAAAAAGACUUUAUUGAAGACUACAAUGAGAAAAACUAUCAGACAGCAGACAGCUGCAUUCAAGGUGAGCUCUGAACAUUUGAUCUGGAACAGGAAUUCAAUAACAGCAGCAUGAGCUUCAUUUCAGUCUGUAGCUGCUGAAUUCAUGGAUGAAUCAUCUGGCACUAGAGAGGAAGACCAUCAAACAUCCAUGUCAGCUGAUGGAGUCUCACCAAACAAACAACCUACAGAGUGAAGACCUCAAAUCUGAUUGGACGGCCUCCUAUUCAGCCACGUGUGAACAAAUGCCUCUAAGUUGAUUUGUUUUCUAAAAUAAAUCUAGUUUGAGUCCUAAUCUAUGCCUGUGUGUUUGCUUCUUUACACCGCUGUUAACGGUUUAGGCUGUUAGAUUGUUCCAGAUAAGACAAGUACAAGAUUCUUCAGAGCCGUUCUACCACGAGCCUGACAGGAAGAACUCCAACAGCUACUGAAUGUUCCUGUGGUCCCCUCAAGGCUACAGGAGGAGUCCUAUGAGGACGAGCUGGUCCACCUGAUGGUGGCCAGUCGCUGCGGUUCAAAGCCAACACCGACUACAUGGACUUCUACUGGACCACACGGAGGCCUUCAAACCGGACCAACAAGUUCAGCGACUCCCCGACUCGUGGGUCUGAGGACGCCGCCGAGCCUCGGUCCAGCCGGCCUCCUGUCUGUGGGUGUUUGAGUGCUGAGAGGUUUGUGGAUGUAUGUGAACAUGUCUGUGUUGAAACAGCAGCUUUUGACUCAGUAACGCCAGGAAAAACCAAGAGCUCCUUUAUUUGUGACUUCCACUAAAAAAACUGAAGAAAAUAAGUUUGCCAGGGUUCUGACUGAAAACAGAUUAUUA